UGUAGAGACCUCCAUUUUACGACUUUAAUCACCAUUAAAGCCAACAUCGCCGCCCGGCAGCAACAAACGGAAAUAAUUGGCAAUAAAUCCUUUAGAAAUCGAGAAGAGAGAAUUUUCACUCGGAAUCUCUCAAAAUUCCUGUUACCACGCCCCAGCAUACGCAGAACCCUUGCUGCCCGGACAUGUUGCUUUAGAAGUGAGGCUGCCCUUUCAGCACAAUUCCUUUGUUCGCCAUCGGACGUGGCUUUCCCUUUCCGCACCCAAUUCUUGAUCAAUGGGACCCGUGCUUGUUGCUAGCAUGGUCCAAGCAGGAGUUGGUGAAGCUUCGUCCAACAAAGUUCACCCAUUCUUUACGAAACCGACACCAACCGACGCCGCUUCCCAGGCGACGCCCACCAGUCACGCGACGGAUACCCACGUCCAACAUACGCCUAUCCAGCCUGAUCAUGGAUUCAACUAUGUCAACCAGUUCGCGGAUCCAGGUCAGGUGAUGGACUAUCAAAUGUCGGACGUCCAACCGACACAUGCAGUCUUCGCCGAGCCGAUGCCACUCGAUCCCAUGUUAACUGCUGCCUUUGAGCCUGGCCCCAUCGCGCCAUCGUCAAAGCCGGUGUUUGAUAUCUUCAAGAAACGAGAGACAGAUAUCACAUCAUCCAGCACCGCAGCGUUUGGAGUUGCUCCACAAACCUUUCAUUCAACAAACGCCGUUCCACCCUUGCCGCCAUUGCUAGCAGAGCAGCCCCCCAGCGCGUACCAAGCGACAAUAAACGCGAACGAUAUGCAACCACCUGCUUCCGAACGAAAGGUUUUAAAAUUCAACCUACGAACAGGCACACUCGGUUCACCGCCAAAGCCUAAAGCGCCUCCGAAGCCCACCCGACUUGUUACACUGAGAUAUGGUACCAGUGAUGAAUCACGGCAAGCUGUAGGCGAGAAAGUCACUGCCAUCCUCAACGGCACUAUCUUAUUCCCUACAACACCGCCAAAAGCGACGAAGCGAAAGGCUCAGAAGCGAAAGGAACCCGCACAAGACCCUAAGACGAAACAUCCAUUUUUCGCGGGCAAAAAGAACAUUGAUAGCAGACCAACGACCCCUACACCUGCGAAGCCUACCAAGGCUCCUCAAAAGCCUCGACACACAGUCUUCAUGUCGACACCAGUGUCUCCAAGAAAGCCGCGGAAUACCUUCACAUCGAGCAAAAUGGCCCAGUUCGGCACUAAGAGUGCGGGUAUGAAGGAGCCCGGUUCCAUGUAUCCGAUGUGGCCAGCACAGGGAAUGAACCAUAUUCGCGGACUGACACCCGAGUCAGCCUUGGAGAACAAGACAAUUCAGGUAUCUCAUCUUGCCAAAAAGUCCAAGGGCCACAAGGUUAUUAUAUCGUCCGCCGAAUCUGUUGUCAGCCAAGUUCGUUGUCGAUUGGACAUUGAUGGAAUUAAGAGAUCAUUGCCAAAAGAUGACCAUAGCUUCCUACCACCGCCACCGCAGCUCCGAUUGCCAACACGUCACUUUGAAAGCGGUAAAAAGUUGAGGCGCAGAAUCCGUAAUGAGAUUCACAGCAAUCUACCUACACACUCACGCUACACCCGCGAAUCCAGCCCGGACGAACUUGCCUUGGAGAAGCCUGCACCAGUCCAUCCAGCAGUUGUGUUGCAUUGGAACUCGUUAGAAACACAGCUUUCCGCUUUUGACCGGUCUACUUGCGAAGGCUCGGCAUGGACACAAAAAUAUGCUCCAAAGACCGCAGCCCAAGUUCUUCAAUCCGGUCAAGAGAUACUUAUUCUGAAGCAGUGGCUUGAAAAGCUCAAGGUACUGUCUGUGGAGAGUGGAAAUGGCGACGGCAAGACGAAAAGCAAAACCGAUGAUGGCCACAAGAAGAAGAAGCGAAAAAACAAAGUUGACGACUUCAUCGUUAAUAGCGAGGACGAGGACAGCGAAAUUGAUGAACUUAUGGAGUUUAGCGAUGGGGUACAAAACGACCGCCUGAUAUCUAAGAGGUCACUUAUCCGCGGAGGCUCGCUAGGGACUAAGAGUCGCUUGGCGAACGCAAUCCUGCUUAGCGGUCCGCAUGGCUGUGGUAAAAGCGCAGCAGUCUAUGCCGUCGCCAAAGAACUUGGUUUUGAGAUUUUUGAAAUCAAUUCUAGCACAAGACGCAGUGGUAAGGAUAUUCUGGAAAAGGUUGGCGAUAUGACGCGCAACCAUUUGGUCCAGCAACAUCGAGCCCAGGCCGGAAACAAUGACGACGAUACUAUGAACGAAGUCAAAUCUGGAAAGCAGGCGACAAUGGCUUCUUUCUUUAAAGCCAAGACUACGGCAACGAGCAAACCGGUCCCCAAAAAGCCGGAACCGUCUGAUGACAAACCCAAAGUGCCAAAGGCGCAGAAACAGUCAUUGAUUUUACUAGAAGAGGUUGACGUCCUGUACGAAGAGGACAAACAGUUCUGGUCUAGUCUGGUAACUAUGAUGAGCCAGUCCAAGAGACCAUUUAUAAUGACGUGCAAUGAUGAAAGCUUGGUGCCAAUUCAGACGCUAAACUUGCAAGGCAUCUUCAGGCUUAGCCUCCCUCCACCCAGCUUGACAGUUGAUCUCUGCCUGCUCCUUGCAGCAAAUGAAGGCCAUGCCCUAAAACGCUCAGCUGUAGAGUCACUUUGCAAGUCGGUUGGAGGAGAUUUGCGAGCAGCCAUUACUAAUUUGAACUUCUGGUGCCAGCUCGGUGUUGGUGAUCGAAGAGGAGGUUUCGACUGGUUCUACCUGCGCUGGCCAAAAGGUACCGAUCUUGACGAGUCUGGCGAUGUUGUCCGGGUCGUCAGUGAGGAUACAUACCAAAAGGGCAUGGGAUGGGUAGGGCGCGAUCUACUUGUUUCUGAAGACACUAGAUGUAACGUGGAGGAGGCUAGCAUUUGCCAAUCCUGGAACGCAUGGGGACAAGACUUGGUCAACCGACAAACCACGAGCGAACUUUGCAGAUGGGCCGCGUCGACCGAUGCUCAAGACCCGCGCACAAGACUCCAAAACUUGAAGACCUUUGAAGCGUUCUCCGUCGCCAUGAGCGAUGCCGACCUUUGCGCUAGAGGCGGAUUUGCAAACUCGGCUCAGGAAAGACUGGAUGCCUCUGUUCCAGAUAUGCAGGCUUCAGUGCGUGAUGACUACAUCAUUGGUCGUACCUUGCUAGAUGCCGAGCCGGCCAAUUAUUCAUACUGUGACAGCCAGUUGAUCUCUGCAUCAAUUCAAUCGCUAGCAAGGCAGCGCUUGGAACGGCAGAUUCCGACCCAGGUCCAGUCAUUCCCCAUGAUGGGAGAAGCGUCGACAGUUGGCGCACUGGACGCGUCGUUUGCUCGAACACAAGCGCCUCUGACUCGGUAUGAUAUUGCUGUCGCGUUCGAUGCGAUUGCAGUAUCACCAAAGUCUACACCAUCAACACACCUCGAUCCAUCUGUCUUUGAUCGCAAUACGAACCUUAUUGUGUUGGACGUGGCCCCAUGGGUGAGAAGCAUCACAAUAUAUGACGAGCAGCUAAUGCAAGGCCGCAUGCGCCUGAACAACCUACUCAAUGAAGGAGGCGGGCGCAAGCGCAUGAGGACGACACGAGCCGCAUACUCUGCGCUAGAAGGCGGGGAGCGGAGCACGACAAGAAGAGACUAUUACUUUGGCGGCGUGCUGCAUCCGGCACAUGUGAUGAGAACGGCUGGUGCAGGCUGGACAGAGGCGGCUGAGCGGCUGUAUGCAUACAUGAUGGAACGGGCGAGGCUUGCUGCAGAGGCAAGGCUCAUGGAAGAACGGCGACUGCUAGAAAUGCAAGCCGUCCCAGUCGAUCCAAUGCUGAUGAAUACUGUUUUGGGGGAGUAGACGAGGCGUUUUAAUGUUUUCCUGUCGCAUUUACACUGGACAUUAUAGGUAGCAUAAUUGAUGGUUUUACAAUAGCAUGUGUUGUUGUCCCCGGUAUGGUGCUUGGUCAGGCUACUGCAGCCACAUGCUGUGCUAGAUGCGUGCACAUAGUGAAAUAAACGGAGCCUGUAAGGACAAGUUGGUGUGCUUUAGACGAC